AUGGCUCUCUCCGCCACCAUUCCACCGCAGCUCGGACACCUCUCCUUCCUCGUCUCCCUCGACCUCACCAACAACCUCUUCCAUGGAGAUUUCCCACACCAACUGUCUCUCCUUCGCCGUUUGAAGUUCAUAUCUCUCCGACUCAACAACUUCACCGGAGACAUCCCUCCCAUGUUGGGUCAGUUACCAAAAUUAGAGUACUUGUCUUUACGCAACAACAGCUUCAUAGGUUCCAUCCCAAAAUCUCUCUCAAACCUCACAAACCUACAAUUUCUUGACUUAACUUACAAUUCUCUAAGUGGAGAAAUUCCAAAAGAGUUUGGGAGACUUCAAAGUCUUCAAACUCUGUCUGUUCAAUUCAAUCAUUUGUCGGGUGCUAUACCAUCAGCCAUAUUCAACAUAUCGACCCUUGUAGCUAUGGCCUUCACACACAAUGAAUUGAGUGGAAGUCUUACAACAGACAUGUGCCAUAAUCUUCCAUUUCUAACUGUGAUUUCCACAAAUGUAUCCCAAUGUUCACGGCUUGAGGUGUUAGCCCUCUCUUACAACUCUUUUAGUGGGGAGAUACCUUCAGAAAUUGGGUACUUAACAUCUCUUCAGAUUCUAUAUAUUGGUGGUAACAAAUUGAAUGGAAUACUACCACAUGAGAUUGGCCAUCUUCAGAGUCUGGUUAAGUUUGGUGCUGAAUGGAAUGAGAUUGCGGGCUCAAUUGAUUUCAAUAUUUUCAUGAAUAUGUCUUCUCUGCAAAACAUAUAUCUAAACCGCAACAAAUUCACGGGGAACCUUUCAAGGGAUGUCGGGAAUAUUACCAAGCUAACAACAUUGGAUCUCACGGAAAACCAUUUUACAGGGCUUAUUCCCACUGAAUUUGGCCAACUUUACCAUUUGGAGACAUUAUCAUUAUCAUUGAACAGCUUGAGUGGUUCGAUUCCACAUGAGCUCUUUAACAUUUCAACUCUUCGGAUUCUUUCACUUGCCGUCAAUGCUCUGUCAGGGGUUCUUCCAACCCAUUUAUGCCAUGCCUCUCCCUUUCUUGAACACCUUCUUCUUAGCAAUAAUUCCCUCAGUGGAGCAAUACCCAACUCCAUCUCUAACUGUUCUCAACUCACAAUUCUCUCACUUGCUGAAAACAAAUUGAGUGGUUAUAUACCUACUCAUCUCGGCAACCUAAGACUUCUUCAAAGACUUGAACUAUUCAGAAACAAUCUUACCCAGGCACCAUCAUCUUCCUUCAUUACUUCAUUGACAAAUUGCACGUCUCUAACUCUUUUGUCAAUUGAUGAUAAUCCUCUAAAUGGUAUCAUUCCAGCUUCUGUCGGGAACUUAUCUUCCUCACUCGAAACAUUCUAUGCCGACAAUUGCAAAUUCAGUGGCAGCAUUCCCGUUGAAAUAGGCAAUUUAAGCAAUUUGAUGACAUUGGUGUUGUCAGCAAAUGAGUUAUCUGGUGAUAUUCCACUAACUAUAAGCCAUUUGCAUGAACUUCAAGGAUUAUAUCUUGAAUAUAACAGGUUGGGAGGCUCAAUACCACAUGAUAUAUGUGAUCUAUCCAGCCUCAAUACUUUAGAUAUCAGCCAGAAUCAAUUUUCAGGCCCAAUUCCUAAAUGUCUGGGAAAUGUUUCUUCCUUAAGAAAUCUUUAUCUAGAAUCCAACAUGUUGAAUUCAAGCAUACCUUCAAGCUUAUGGGGCCUAAAAGAUUUGAACUAUCUAGACUUGUCCUCAAAUUCAUUAAAUGGGUUCUUACCACAAGAGAUAAGUAACUUAGGAGCAGCAAUACAUAUAAACCUAUCGAUGAAUCAGUUGUCAAAGUCUAUUCCCAGCACUAUUGGGAAGUUGCAGAAUUUGGUUAAUCUGUCUUUGGCAAAUAAUAGACUAGAAGGUUCUAUUCCCGUGUCUAUGGGAAAAAUGAUCAGUUUGGCAAAUCUCGACUUGUCGUACAACAACCUCUCUGGUUCAAUUCCAAAGUCAUUAGAAGCACUUCAACAACUCGACUACUUUAAUGUCUCUUUCAAUAGUUUAAGUGGAGUAAUUCCUAAUGGAGGUUCUUUUACAAACUUCACUAUGGAUUCUUUUAAGGGUAAUGAGGCAUUGUGUGGAAUCCCCAAGUUCCAUGUCCAAAUUUGCUCUUCAACUUCUAAUCACAGAUCAAAGAGGAAGAAGGUGGAACAAGCUUCAUUUAUUAUUUUCGGGGUUGUGGCUUUCAUCUCAGUUGUUUCUUUGGCCUUUAUAAUUGUCAAAAACAAAAGGAAAGAUAAGACGACUAGCAGAGAAGUUGAUGAGUUGAUAUUCAUUGUGCCGGAAAGAAUCUCUUAUUAUGAACUGCUGCAAGCAACGGAAAGAUUCGAUGAAAGCAAUUUACUUGGCACUGGGAGUUCUUGCUCUGUUUAUAAAGGAAUUCUUAACAAUAGGAAGAAUAUUGUUGUCAAGGUGUUUAAUAUGCAGCUAGAAGGUAUUUCAAGAAUAUUCGAUGUCGAAUGUGGGAUACUACGUAGCAUUCGACACAGGAAUCUGACAAGUGUCAUAAGCAGUUGCUCUAAUGAAGAGUUCAAGGCAUUAGUACUUGAAUAUAUGCCAAAUGGAAACCUUGAAAAAUGGUUAUAUUCCCACAACUAUUGCUUGAGUAUGAUGGAAAGAUUGAAUAUAAUGAUUGAUGUUGCAUCUGCUUUGGAGUAUCUUCACCAUGGUUAUUCAAUGCCCAUUGUCCACAGCGACUUGAAGCCUAGUAAUGUGUUGUUAGAUGAAGACAUGGUUGCCCAUAUAAGCGACUUUGGGAUAGCAAAGUUGUUAUGCAAUGGAGAUAGCUCUGUGUUAACCAACACGCUAGCAACAUUGGGUUACAUCGCUCCAGGUCAAGUUUCUCUAAAUAUAUUGAUUGCACUUCACUUUCAAUAA